UUGAUAUUUACACCGUGAACCAUCAGUUCAUGACCAUGAACUCACCUGCAGUGGUGACGACGUUACUGGAGUGGCUCAAGGCCCAUGGAGGCGUCGACAGCUUGCUGGACAUUCGGUACCUCGGUAAACUCGAGGGCCAUGGUGUGUUCGCUAAGCAGGCGUUGACUAGCGGCCAAGUAACGCUGCGUGUUCCGUUCAAGCUCACGAUGAACACCGAGUCCGCUGCCAAAUCCGACCUUGCCCCCGUACUGGAAAAGUACCCACAGAUUCCGGACGACGAGGUGCUAGCAUUACAUUUGAUGCACGAGCGCAGCAAAAGCAACGAUUCAUUCUUCGCUCCAUUCAUUGCGUCACUACCCACGACGUUCGACCUUCCGGUCUUCUGGUCGGAUUCCGAGCUGAACGAAUUAAAGGGCACCAAUGUGCUGCUACUGACGCAGUUGAUGAAGAAGCAACUGCAGAGGGACUUUGAGAAUAUCCACCAAGCUGUGGCGGAGGAUUUCCCCGAGAUUUUUGCGUCGCUACCGACUCUGACACUGGACGACUAUACUUGGGCCAUGAGCGUCAUCUGGAGUCGCGCGUUUGGGGUGACGCGAGAAGCGAAAUACAUACGUGUGCUGUGCCCAGCCAUGGAUAUGUUUAACCACGACGUGAGCUUGCGUAACCCAUUGGACGACUUCGUUUCAUUCGAUGAGAAGACGCAGAUGUUGACUCACCAUGUUCCGAAGGAGGUGGUGGCGGGAUUGGCGUUGCAAAUCAGUUACGGCCAAUACUCGAACGCGAAGCUACUGUAUUCCUACGGAUUCGUUGCAAAGGAGAAUCCUCGUCGAGCGGUGGAUUUCUGGAUGAAGAUUCCACCUAACGACCCGUACCUGAAGUUGAAGCAAACUGUCCUGGACUCGAACGAACUCACACGCGACCAGACAUACGAUUUUUGCGGCACCCUCUUCAAAAAUGAUGUCGAUGAGAGAUUGCUUGCUACUCUGCGUGUGGUUCUGAUGAACGAACAGGAAAUUCGUAUGUACAAAAAGGCUUUUGAGAAAUCGAUCCUUAGCGUGCGCAAUGAAUUGGCUGUGUACGAAAACUUACAGACUACUUGUCGCCGCAAGCUCUCGAACUAUCCAACAACCCUUGAAGAGGACGAAGCGACCCUGGCUAAAACUGAAACAGAAGCGAACCCUCGUCUAUCGUUCGCAGUACGUGUACGUGUUGAGGACAAACAAGUGCUCACAGGCGCGAUUGACACACUGGAGAAAUGGAAGCAGGUUCUUGCUUCCAACCCUGAAAAGUAUCCACCAAGCACUACACGAUCGUGAAUCCAGAGAUUUUGUUGCAAAUGACAAUCAUUUUCUUAGUUUUCGUCAUCGUUAGCGUCUAUUUACCGCUAUAAAUUUGUACAAGCUCUGGUGAUCAAUAACGCAAAGCUUUGGUAACAUUGAGAAAAGUCACAUUGGUUCUGGUAUC